AUGGCAAUUUCAGUUUCAGAGAUAGUUGGUCUUAGAAGCAGUUACAACAAUUGCAAGUUUUCUUGUUUCCGCCGAAACGUUAAUGUUGUUACUACACCAAACACAUCACUUCUCUUCCCUGCAACAACUAUAACGAGAUUGUCCAGUGUUGUUGUUCCUCGAGCCCAACAAAACCCUACUACUUCUUCAUCUCAAGAAGAUUUAGUGUAUGUGGCAAAACUAGUGGUGGGUUCUUUUGCUGGAGCUGGUGUGAUUAAAUAUGGUAGCGGUGUUUUCCCUCAGAUAACUACUCCAAACCUUGUCUUGGCUCUUGUUAUCAUCUCUACUCCUGUGAUUCUUUCUGUUUUGCUUUUGAUAAAUCAAAGUCUUCGUUCCAAGCCAUAG